ACUCUCUUUUUUAGCCGGAAGCCUCUCUGAUUCGUCUUUCCUCUCACUGAUUCUUCGAGAAAACCCUAAUUGUCUUGUGGUCUUGUUGUUCCGCCAUGGAAGACGGAGACGGGAACGCCCCCAGGCUGCCAAUUCCUGGCAUGAGAAAUAUACUAAUCACCAGUGCUUUGCCUUACGUCAACAACGUCCCUCAUCUCGGAAACAUCAUCGGAUGUGUUCUGAGUGCUGAUGUGUUUGCUAGAUUCUGUCGUCUCCUUGGCUAUAACGUGAUAUAUAUAUGUGGGACUGAUGAAUAUGGGACUGCAACUGAGACCAAAGCUCUGGAGGAGAAUUGCACCCCGAAGGAAAUCUGUGACAAGUACCAUGCCAUUCAUAAAGAAGUUUAUGACUGGUUUGAAAUAAGUUUUGACAAGUUUGGGCGAACUUCAACCCCAGAACAGACAGAAGUGAGCCAAGCAAUUUUCAAGAAGCUGUUUGAAAACAACUUUCUUUCAGAGAACACCAUGCAGCAGCUUUACUGCGAUACAUGCCAGAAGUUCUUAGCUGACAGGCUUGUUGAGGGAUCUUGUCCACAUGAAGCAUGCAAUUAUGAUUCUGCUCGCGGAGAUCAGUGCGAAAAAUGUGGAAAGCUCUUGAAUCCUACUGAACUCAAAGAUCCGAGGUGCAAGGUCUGCCGAACCACACCCCGAAUUCGCGACACAGACCACUUGUUUAUUGAGCUUCCAUUGCUGGAAGAUAAGUUGGAAGAGUAUAUAAACGAGACAUCUGUUGCUGGAUCUUGGAGUCAAAAUGCUAUUCAAACGACAAAAGCAUGGCUUAAGGAAGGCCUUAAACAGAGAUGCAUUACAAGGGAUCUAAAGUGGGGAGUUCCUGUUCCACAUGAGAAAUAUAACGAAAAAGUCUUCUACGUCUGGUUUGAUGCUCCUAUUGGAUACGUCUCAAUAACAUCAUGCUACACAUCUGAAUGGGAGAAGUGGUGGAAGAAUCCUGAGAAUGUGGAGCUUUAUCAGUUUAUGGGGAAAGACAAUGUGCCCUUUCACACUGUGAUGUUUCCAUCUACGCAGCUUGGAACUGGGGAAAAUUGGACAAUGAUGAAGACAAUCAGUGUGACUGAAUAUUUAAAUUACGAAGCCGGAAAGUUUUCCAAGAGUAAAGGUGUUGGAGUCUUUGGUAAUGAUGUAAAAGAUACAAAUAUCCCUGUCGAAGUAUGGAGAUACUACUUGCUGACCAACAGGCCUGAGGUGUCUGACACAUUAUUUACAUGGGACGAUUUGCAAGCAAAACUGACUGGCGAGUUACUGAACAACCUUGGCAACUUUGUUAACCGAGUUCUGAGUUUUAUAGCAAAGCCUGAGCCUGCAGGUUAUGGAUCUGUCAUUCCUGAUGCUCCUGGUGCUGAAUCUCAUCAUCUAACGAAAGUACUGGCCGAAAAGGUGGGGAACUUCGUGAAUCAGUAUAUUGAAGCCAUGGAAAAGGUUAAGCUCAAGCAGGGGCUGAAAAUUGCUAUGAGCAUUUCGAGUGAAGGGAACGCAUAUUUGCAGGGAAACCAAUUUUGGAAACUUUACAAGGAAGAUAAACCUUCUUGUGAUAUUGUUUUAAGAACUGCUGCUGGUUUAGUACACCUUCUUGCACAGCUGUUAGAACCUUUCAUGCCAUCAUUCUCUCGUGAGGUAUUUAAACAGCUUAAUUUGCCUCCACAUUUUUCCCUCUCUGCCGAGAAGGUAUCACUAGCAAGUAAACCUUGGGAGAUUCUGCCUCCCGGUCACAAGAUAGGCACCCCUCAACCAUUGUUCAAGGAAUUGAAAGAUGAAGAAGUGCAACAGUACAGAGAAAAGUUCGCUGGAAGUCAAGCUGAUAGACGUGCUAGGGAUGCAGAAGCAGCAAAUAUGGCGGAGCAACUUAAGAAAACAAAACUUUCAGAUGCUAAAAAGCAAAAGGCAUCAAAAGGUGCAGGAAAAUCCCAACCUCAACCGGCUGCUGAUCGCGAGAUUACUAUGGCAAGACUUGAUAUCCGAGUCGGUAAAAUUCUAAAGGCUGAGAAACAUCCUAACGCAGAUGCAUUGUAUGUGGAAGAAAUUGAUGUUGGUGGAGAAAUUCGCACCGUUGUUAGUGGAUUGGUGAAAUAUAUACCUCUUGAGGAAAUGCAGAACCGCAUGGUUUGUGUUCUUUGCAACUUGAAGCCGGCGAAAAUGAGGGAUAUUAUGUCACAAGCAAUGGUUCUUGCCGCUACGAGUAGUGAUGGCAGCAAGGUGGAGUUGGUUGAGCCCCCUAAAUCUUCUAAGAUCGGAGAGCGAGUUAGAUUUCCCGGGUUUGAAGGUGAGCCAGACGAUGUUUUGAACCCGAAGAAGAAGAUUUGGGAGACACUUGUGGUGGAUCUGCACACAGAUGAGAACUUAGUGGCUUGCUACAAAGAUUUGCCCUUUACUACAGAUGCAGGUGUAUGCAAGGUUUCAUCAAUCAGCAAUGGCACAAUCCGGUAAAAAAGCAAGUCAAAUCUUUAUUAUUAUUCUCCAUUUCUUUAUUUCUCUUUGAGGAGAAACACGUUUCUGAGUUUUUUUUUUUUUUCCAUUUGAAGAAUUUGAUUCUAUUAACAAACAUGGUCUUGUCAACUCAAACUCGUUACAUUUUUGGUUCUCAAUUAAUGAUUUUGAGAAACAAAAUGAUUGUAACUUAUAUUUUUAGUAAAACUUGGUAGGGCUUUUGGUAU